AUGCGGCUUUUUAUUAAGCAUAUGGACGGAGAUAGUGAGUACCACAAUGCUAAGAACUGUGAGAAUGCAUACUGGGAGCAUCCAACAGAACAUGGCAAGACACACCAACCACAAAGGAAGAUGGAUCGGCGAACAGAAAGAGUUAUAUGCAGACUCAUGAAGCAAGGGAUAUAUUUUGCGAACGCAUGGACUCAGGAAGUAAAGACCAACAUAGAGGACAACUCCGAGAACGAUAAGGAAAUUAAGGGGUUAAUGAGAUGCACCAUAGCGCAUAUAUACCAAGAUAUACUCAGGACAUAUGCAUGCGAGGGUUGGUGGGGCACAUAUUACGCAUGGUGGGUGGUGGACCAAAUAUCGGGCGCGUUAAAGGACACAUUGGGGGAAAACCAUUGUAAGCGCGGUAUGUAUAAGGAAAUCGAAUUAGGGCACUGGCCCAUGAGGAAUCAGAUGAAGAAAUGGCUAAAGCAGAAUGCACAGAUGCAGGAGAAACUUGCGCAGGAACAAAUAGGCGAUGACUGUAAGGGAGCACAGGUAAAGCUAGAGGUCGGGAAGACACAGGAGGAAAAAGACAAGAACAAGGACAAACAAACGAAAGAUGAAGUAAAGCAGCAGGUCACAAAAAUUUUGCAAGAAGUGGAGGAAGAGAUGAAGAACGAGGAGAAACAAUUGAGGGGGUCAACUGCGAAAGCACCCAAGUACCCUUCUGUGGGCGAAGAAGACGAAAAAAAGGAUGCCGAGAUAGAGGAACACAUAAAACACGCAGUAGAGCACGCGGGAGACGCAUUACAGAAAGUAAUCGUUAUUCCCGCCUCCGGCGCACGCGCCACCGGAACAACCCAGCAAACGCCAGAGACGGAGAAGACAAGCACGGACAACACGGCAAACACUCCAUCGGCACCAUCCGUGCCGCCCGGACCAAAGGGACGAUCAGAGGACUCAAAAGCAGGGCAACCACAAGCACCGGCAUCCCCACCCGCGCCAGGGGAAGAAGGAACCCAACCUGUUACUGGUGCUGCAAGACCCAAGGGACCACACGAACAAUCAGGUGAGGCACAGUGCCAGGCGAGUCUUCGGCCGGCUGCAGCCAGUUCCGGUGGUAUUGUUAUAAGUACCGCAUGUACAUCCGAUGCAGAUUUAGGAGGAGGAAAAAAAGUCAACGCUGCUAUUGCCCACGGCGAUGCCCCCGUCGAUGGCGGCAACGAUGACCCGCCUCCUCUCAAUCCGCCCAAACCCAAACCCAACCCGAACCCAAAUCAAUCGGGUUCCGAAGGCGGCCCAACCAGCGGCGCACCGUCCACAGGAGGUACUGGAGGUGGUGUUUCUGAGGCGGCAGGUCCAAGUGGCCCAGGUGCGGGAGGACGUGGACGUUCCUCAUCCUCAGGACCCGGUUCUACUGGUCACCAACACCCUGGUUCCUCAGGACCCGCAUCUCCAUCUACCCCGCACACUCCUCAGAUUCCUUCCACUGCCCAGAAUGAUCAACCUGCACAGAACACACCCGAAGAGAUCGUACUUGGUGGCGGACUAACCUGGCAUGACCUUAUCCCUACUUUGCGUACCUCGGAAAAAAACGACGACGAACAUAUCGAACCGUUCGUGACGUUCCGUCACUGCCACUCGACGAAGAAAUAUUGCAGCAUCUACAACGCGGAGACCUGCCGCCACCCGAUUACGGGUACACGAUGGUUAGGGAUACGCAACCUGCAUCUGCUGCCGAACGACGCGGACAACGCCCACCACGCGUGCAUACGCGCACCAUCAUCGAGCUACAUCUAG